GGCAGCAUAGACAGAUGUGGGGAUCACAGACGCAGUUCAAUCUCAAACUCAAAUAACAACCGAAACCACCGAGACUUUCGUCAGAUGGCAAAUAACGACACUUCGCCAAACGCCCGUCUGCAGAGGGGGGAGGACUCUGGCGCACACGGGAACGCGUACCUGUACAUUUUGAUAGUCAUGUCUUUUUACGGCGUGUUUCUGUGCGCGGUCAUGCUGGGCUACGUGCGCUCCAAGAGGCGAGAGAAGAAGCCGAAUUUGUUCACGCAUUUGAUCUAUGAGGAGGAGAAACGCGAGUGGGGCGCGGUGACGAAGAAGCACAGCCUGACCUUCCCCUCCGCCGCGGGGCUCCGGUCCGUCCAGGUCGCGCUGCCUUUCGGCGGGACCCUGUACGACGGCAGGCUGCCGGCGCCGCUCUCCUGCGCUCUGUGCUCCGUGGAGCAGAGCAGCGUGAGCUCCCUCUGCUCCUCCGCCGACGUGCACUUCGCGAUCGAGGAGGAGGCGGACAGCGGCACCGCGGAGGGGGGUGAGGAGGGGCUCCGAGGCGGCCAGGACGCCAGCGACGACUCGGCGGAGAUUCCCAGAGAGCGCGCGCUCAUGACGGCGGGAAUCCAGAGAAACUGAGAGUGAGGGGGAGGAAGCAUCAGUCAAACCGCGUCUCUCACGAAAUUACGGUUUAUUUUGGACGAUUUGGACGUAAGACCUCCGGCCCGUAUUAUGAACUUCACCUGGGAACACUUGAAACCGAGAUGCUUUUUCGAGAUCAAAAAAAUAAAAUGUUUGAGUGAUGCUGCGUCUGUUCAUGUAUAUAUUGCAAAAUUAUUUGUAUAUACUGUAUUCUUCCUUGUUUCCUUUCAGUGAUUUCAUUUUUAAGUGUGCUAUUUAAAAUGUAACUUUAAUGCAUCA